AGCUUUCCACCACCCUUUCGCCACACCGCGCUCGACACUACACAGCGCGCACGCUCGGCUUCGCUAGCCGCCACCACCACCAAGCGACCUCUUCUCCAGCUCUCCUGUUCCAUGCACCACCGCUCGCUCCUUGUCUCCUAGCUAGACAGGGGCUUGCAUUGAGGCUGUCCUUGUGUUGCAUCAGGACGCCAGGCUUCUUUCUGCGGUGUCGGUUCGUCUGCUGUGAUGGAGAGGUGGGGGGACAAGGACAGGGGGGCGGCGGUUCCGGCGCCGGGGAGGUUGAGGCGGUACGCCGACCAGCCGUCCUUCUCGUCCUCGCUCCUCGACGCCAUAUACAAGUCCAUGGACGAGCCCGGCGACGGGGCAACAUCCGCCGCCGCCGCGGGAGCGACCAAGAUGCAGAGCCACCAGGACCUGCACUACAGCUACUACUACAAGACGUCGCUGGCGGGGAGCUACCGCGGCAGCAGGGCUGCGGCGGCGGCGCACGCCGCCACCACCACGUCGAGCUCCUCCGAAUGCUCGAGCUACGGUGGGUUCUCGUCGUCGGAGGCGGAGUCGUCGCAGCACCGGCGGCUGCGGCCCAUACGCACGAGCGUGGGCGCGGCCGCGUCGCCCGCGCCCGCGCCGGAGAAGAAGAAGAAGGCCGGCGCCAACAUCCGCGCCAAGCUGAGGGACCUCCGCAAGCCGGCGUCCCCCGGCGCGCGGCUGGCGGGGUUCCUGAACACCAUCUUCAGCGGCAGGCGCGCGCCGGCGACGCCGCCGUCGCGGGGCGCGGAGUCCUCCGCGUGCUCCACGGCGUCCUCGUACUCGCGCUCCUGCCUCAGCAAGACGCCGUCCACGCGGGGCCAGCCGAAGCGGACCGUGCGGUUCCUGGACAGCGACGACGGCGAGGCGGCGGCGGCGGCGCCCGGCGGCGAGCGGCGGAGGGUGCAGGUCGGGGUGGCGGAGCUGGAGCGGAUGCUGCUCCACCGGAUGGAGAUGGACAGCGACGAGGACGACGAGGACGAGGAGGGCAGCGACGCCAGCUCCGACCUGUUCGACCUCGAGAACUUCGCGGCCGGUGCCCCCGACGCCGCGGCGGCGUACAGGGACGAGCUGCCGGUGUACGAGACGACGAGGGUGGUGCUGGGACACCGCGCCAUUGGCCACGGGAGGAGUGCCAGGGUGGUGUGAUCUUGCUGCCUGCCGGGAUUCAUCCCGGUUCCGGAGCGCCAGGGUAACUGUAAAAUGGUGGAGUAACUGUAAGAUACAAGUGUUGGGGGCAACAAGUGUUUGCUACUCGUACUCGCAUCGUGAGAUCUCUGGGAGGAUAUUUCUUGGAUCCUUUUCGUGUCCUUGUGUGUGUGUGUGGUUAGUUCUAAUUUGAAUGGAGUAACUCGCUAUGCUC